AUGGAACAAGGUUUGCGAUUAUGUUGGAAUUUACUUCCUACAUUAUUGACAUGGAUAAUAAAUUAUAUAAUUCGCCUAAUUCUGCUACCAAUGAUUUUGAUAUUUCUUCUUGGUCGUGCUGUGAGAUACUUCAACAAAAGGUCCAAACUGCGUAGUAAAUUAUUACGUAAAAGAGAAUUAAUAACUAAACGAAUGGAUCAUUUGAAAGAACAUCUUUCAACCACGAAAAAUACAUCAACUGUUGAUUUGCUAUCAAUUACAGAUCUAAAUUUAGAUACUAUUCAAGAAUGCUUGAUUGAAGGCAAAUUUACACCAGUUGACUUGUUGCAUGCUUAUCAAAUGAAAGCCUUACAGUUAUACGACUCAGGAAAUUCAGGAAUAUGUGAAUUUGUGGAUGAAGCAGAGCAGUUAGCUGUUGAACUUGUUAAAUCGAAUCGUUUGCCUACAAAUAAACAAACUUUGGUUGGUAUUCCUGUUAGUCUAAAGGAACUGAUUCCGGUCAAGGGAUAUGAUGUAACAUAUGGUUUGAUGAAACGAUGUGAUAUACCUUCAGAUGAAGACUGUUGCAUAGUGAAAGUACUUAGACAUGAAGGAGCAAUACCUUUUGCUCUGACAGCAACUUCACAAACAGCUCUAUCUAUGAGUGGAAUAAAUCCAGUGUUUGGUGAUAUGUCCAAUCCUCAUUCACAAGAACACGAACCAGGCGGGAGUUCUAGCGGUGAAGGUGUACUUGUAGGACUAAAUGGAUCACCAAUUGGAAUCGGGACAGACUUAGCUGGAAGCAUACGAAUCCCUUCGGCGUUCUGUGGUCUUGCUGGCUUGAAACCAACAACUAAUCGUAUAAGCAGCAAAGGUUUGGCGAAGAUCGGUCAUAAAAAAUCACUGGUAUUAAGAAUAUGUCCUGGACCAAUGGGUAGACGAGUGGAUGAUCUAGCCAAAUUAAUGCGUACACUUCUAACAACAAAAAUGUUUCAGAUGGACCCAUCUGUGCCACCAUUACUGUUUAAUGAUAUAAUCUACGAGGGUGUAGAUAAGCCAAAACUGAAGAUCGGAUAUUAUGUAAAUCUGGAGGAUCCAUUAAUUAUGACUAGCGUUCCAUGUGUUCGCAGAAUAGUGAAUGAGUCGGUGGACAUUUUAAGACAACGUGGUCAUAUACUGCUACCGUUUCAGCCACCUAAUAUAAAAUGGGCUUAUGCAUUAAGUAUGAAAGCAAUUUCUGUUGAUACAAAAUAUUAUUUUCAAAAGGCCUCGUUUGCAGAACCAAUAAAUGAACACACUAAAUUUCUUAAUCUUCUGAUCGGUACCCCACACUGGGUGAAAGUUCUUCUAGACAAACUAAUGGAAAUCAUCUUUGAUAAACCAGCCGCAGGUGCAAGUUUUUUCGAUGGUCCUAGAGGCGAAGCAGAAACAUUAAAUUUAAUCUCCGAUAUCGAAUUGUAUCGACAUGAAUUUCAGAGAGCUAUGGAAGAAGCUGGUAAUUUAGAUGCGAUCAUUUGUCCAGUUUUCCCUUUUCCAGCAUUUCCAAAAUCAGCUAAAUCUCUAUUUGUUUCACCAGCUAUUGCUUACACAGUUUUGUUUAAUAUGUUAGAUUAUCCAGCUGGAACGGUUCCAAUGGGAUAUGUUAAUAAGGUAGAUGUGGAAAACUCAAAAGUGAUGGCUGAAGAAUACAAGAAAGCUGGAAAUCGAUAUCUCAAUCAGGUAUUUAAGUAUCAGGAAACAAGUGAGGGCUUGCCAAUCGGUGUACAAGUUAUUGGUAAACCAUGGCAAGAGGAGCGUGUACUGCAUAUUAUGAAAGAAUUAGAGACAUCAAGAACACUAACUGAAUAG